AUGAAGAGCCCGGAGACCGGGACACCUCUGCCUUCUCCACACAUGGAAGCGCGCCUCCAGCCCACACUGGUCCUGACUACCCUAAGUGCAGCCUUCGGCUCAGCCUUCCAGUAUGGCUACAACAUCGCCGUGAUCAAUACGCCUCACAAGGUCUUGAAGUCGUUUUACAACGACACGUACUUUGAGCGGCACGGAACGUUCAUGGACGAGAAUACGCUUCUGCUCCUGUGGUCCUGCACGGUCUCCAUGUUCCCUCUGGGAGGGCUGUUGGGCUCCUUGGUGGUUGGCAUGAUGGUCAAUAAGUGGGGCAGAAAGGGAACCCUGUUGAUCAACAAUGUCUUCGCUAUAACCUCUGCCGUCCUGAUGGGAGCCAGCAAAGCUGCCCGGGCUUUUGAGCUGAUCAUCUUCUCUCGAGUGAUGGUGGGAAUCUGCGCAGGUAUCGCCUACAGUACUCUUCCCAUGUACCUGGGAGAACUGGCUCCUCAGAACCUCAGGGGUACAUUGGGGACAAUGACGGAGGUAUUCGUCAUCUUUGGAAUCCUCUUGGCUCAGAUCUUCAGCCUGCAGACCAUCCUGGGCAAUGCCACCGGCUGGCCAAUCCUCUUGGCUCUCACAGGGGUCCCUGCACUGAUUCAGCUCCUCUCUCUGCCCUUCUUCCCUGAGAGCCCCCGCUACACCCUGAUUGAGAAAGGAGACGAGGAGACCACAAGACAAGCUCUAAGGAGGCUGCGAGGUCACAGCUACAAUGUGGAGGCUGAGAUGGAAGAAAUGCGGACAGAGGAGCGCACCGAGAAAGCCGAGGGUCGCCUGUCCGUGCUCAACCUCUUCACCUUUCGGCCCCUGCGCUGGCAGCUGAUCUCCAUCGUUGUGCUCAUGGCGGGUCAGCAGCUGUCCGGGAUCAACGCGGUCAACUACUACGCAGAUAUCAUCUACACAUCAGCUGGUGUGGACCCCACCCAGUCCCAGUACGUGACUCUGGGCUCUGGUGUCAUCAACUUGGUGAUGACUCUCGUCUCGGCCUUCAUCAUAGAGCGUCUGGGACGGCGGAUUCUCCUGCUGUCUGGCUAUGGCAUCUGCAGCUCUGCCUGCCUAGUGCUGACGGUGGCACUCCUCCUUCAGAGCACGGUCCCUGAGCUGUCUUACCUUGGCAUCAUCUGUGUCUUCUCCUACAUCGUGGGACAUUCCAUAGGGCCCAGUCCUGUCCCCUCCGUGGUGAGGACAGAGAUCGUCCUGCAAUCCUCUCGGACAGCCGCCUUCACAGUGGACGGGGCUGUGCACUGGCUCACCAACUUCAUCGUGGGCUUAACGUUUCCAUCCAUCCAGGUGGCCAUCGGGGCCUACAGCUUUCUCAUCUUUGCUGGCAUUUGUCUCCUCACUGCCGCUUACAUCUACGUGGUAAUCCCUGAGACCAAGGGCAGGACGUUCGUAGAAAUCAACUGUAUUUUUGCCAAGAGAAAUGGAGUGGAGUUUCCAGAGGAGAAGGAAGUAACCACCGCCAAGCCCCACACACCUUCUCUGACAACCAAGCAAACAUCCCUUUGA